AUGCCCAUCGCUGUAGUGACAGGUGCAAACAGCGGUAUCGGCCACGCCUUCGCUCGAUUCUUGAUGGACGAGGGCUACGAAGUACACGCCUGCGAUCGAGAAGUUGGCCCCCAACUCCAAUCACUCUCGCCAGCACAACUCCAUCAACUAGACGUGACCUCCCCAGCCUCCAUCUCAGCUUUCGCCAAGGAGCUUGAGGGGAAACACAUCGAUGUCCUCCUCAAUAUCGCCGGGGUCAUGUCACCGCCUGAGAAGGACGGGAUGGAGACUACGGACCUGGAAGUGCUGAAGAGGACUUUCGAGGUUAAUACCUUCGGGCCUUUGCUACUGACACAGGCACUCUUGCCGAAUCUAGUGCGGAACGACGGGUCAGUGGCUAGGGUGGGUAUUGUUAGUAGCAGAGUAGGGAGUAUUGGUGAUAAUAGUACGGGGGGGAGUUAUGCUUAUCGGGCGUCCAAGGCUGCUGUGAAUAGCAUCGGCAAGAGCCUAGCCAUGGAUCUCAAAAAUAAGAAUGUGGUAGUCAUCCUACUGCACCCGGGCAUCACGAAGACGAACAUGGUCGCUGGUCUGGGCGAGUUGCCUCCUGAUGCCGUAGAGCCCGAGGAAGCGGCUGGGAAGUUGUGGAAGGUGUUUGUGGGUAAGGGGAUGGAUGAGACUGGGACGUUUUGGCAUAGGGAGGGAUUUGAACUGCCUUGGUAA